CGACACGUUUGAUUGGCCUCAGGCGCUCUCUGCUACACAAUGUCAUCCUCCGCCGGAACCUAUCCCCAACAAGAAGGCCAUGCCGAAACCAACGAAGAGCUCUACCAGCGGUUCACCAAGCUGGUGUCCUCCUGGCCGUGCUCCCAAGCCCUCUCCAGUUUCCAGCUCUACCGCCAUGAUAACGGCUGGCACGGCAGCCUGGCUCCAAUGGUCGGCACAAUGGUCGCCGACGCAUGCUUCGCGGCGCGCCCCUCGGACGUCGUCGUCGCCACGCUGCCCAAGUCCGGCACAACGUGGAUCAAGGCCCUCCUCUACUCCACGGUGCACCGGGCGGAGCACCCCGUGGACUCCUCCGACCAUCCGUUCAACUCCCUCGGCCCGCACGAGUGCAUCAAGUUCUUCGAGUACCAGCUCUACACGAGGAACAGGAUCCCGGACCUCGACGAACUACCGGACCCGAGGCUCUUCGCCACGCACGUUCCGUUCGCGUCGCUGCCGAGGUCCGUCCUGGCGUCGGGCUGCAAGAUCGUCUACGUGUGCCGCGACCCCAAGGACCACCUCAUCUCGCAGUGGAGCUUUGCGAACAAGUUCAGGGUAAGGGACGGGCUGGAGCCGCUCUCGGUCGAGGACGCCGCCGAUUUCUUCUGCGACGGCCUGUCGCCGUCCGGGCCAUACUGGGACCAUGUCCUCGGGUACUGGCGUGCGCACUUGGCGCACCCUGAGCAGGUUCUCUUCUUCAGGUAUGAGGAGAUGAGUCGGGACCCUGCGGCACACGUGCGGAGGCUGGCGGAGUUCGUCGGAUGCCAGUUCAGCGUGGAGGAGGAGGAAGACGGCGUGGUGGACGCCAUCGUCAGGCUCUGCUCGUUCGAGAACAUGACUGGGCUUGAAGUGACCAAGCGCGGCAAGACGGAGCUCGUGGUCGGCGCCGUGGAGAACAGCUCCUUCUUUCGGCGUGGCGUGGUCGCUGACUGGGUGAACCAUCUGUCGCCGGAGACUGCAGGGAGAAUCGACGCCGUCACUGAGGCCAGGUUCAGAGGUUCCGGUCUCCGUAUCUAGAUAGAUCGAUCCGUCUAUUGCACUCAGCAAAUUGUGCAGGUAAGCACGGUCAGAUUAACUGGCGCUUUUGGUUAUGUAGUAGUUUCGAUCUCCACAACGAUGUCAGUGCUUUCGUGUCUUGCAAAUUCGUA